AUGCCGGACUGCCCCACCGAGAUUUGCGGAGUGUGGGACCAGGAUCGCUCUCGCUGCGACUCGCUCUGCCCGCUGCUCGCCGGCCUCGGCUUGCCGUCGUGGGCCCAGUCGAUCGCGUGCCCUGCAGCCGACAUGGUGAAGAACACACUCCGCAUCUCGUGCCCCGAGCCCGGCACCGUCGAGAUUGUUGACAAGACAAUGUUUGGCCGGAAUAGUACUCGGGUGACGCUGGAUGGCGCCGAGCGCGAGGAGAAGUCGAAGGGGAGAGGCAAGGUCUUCAUGCUCUCGGGCUCGCAUUGUGCCGAGGGCACCGGCGCGACUCUCCACUGUCGCCUCGUGUCGCGAGGCGACGGAUGGCACACGCGAUCGGAGCGCUUCCUCUCCCAGGACCCUGCCGAUGCAGGCCAGGUACUUGUUGAACGCCACGUUCUCGUGAGACCCGAGCAGCCCGAGAUGGCGCUGCAUCGCUACUACGUGAAGAGGCAGGGGGAGGACCUUCGGCCCGACCAAUAA